ACUGCCCCCUUCUCCACAGCGACGGCUUAGCACCAACAUUCUGCGAUCUGAAUUGUUUUGCUCGAGGAACCGGAGAGGAGGAGAAGAUGGGUUGGGUCGGAGAAACCAUAGAUUCCGUGAAAUCCAUACAGAUCCGUCAGCUCCUCACCCAGGCGAUUAGUCUUGGCAUGAUCGUUACAUCUGCCUUGAUAAUAUGGAAGGCAUUGAUGUGUGUCACCGGCAGUGAAUCCCCUGUGGUUGUUGUUCUAUCUGGAAGCAUGGAACCUGGUUUUAAGAGGGGUGAUAUAUUGUUCUUGCACAUGAGCAAAGACCCCAUUCGAGCAGGCGAAAUUGUUGUUUUCAAUAUUGAUGGUCGUGAUAUUCCUAUUGUUCAUCGAGUUAUUAAGGUUCAUGAAAGGCAAGAUACCGGAGAAGUGGAUGUGCUAACCAAAGGUGAUAAUAAUUAUGGGGAUGACAGGCUUCUCUAUGCUGAAGGACAGCUUUGGCUUCAUCGCCACCAUAUAAUGGGCAGGGCUGUCGGGUUCUUGCCAUACGUUGGGUGGGUGACCAUUAUCAUGACAGAAAAGCCUAUUAUCAAGUAUAUUCUCAUUGGUGCAUUGGGUUUACUGGUUAUAACUUCCAAGGACUGACCACCAAGAUCAAAGCCAUGUCUUCCUGGGCUCUGCUUCUGCAACAACUCCUCCAUUAUGAGAAAUCCCCUUUUUAGCAAAUGUAGUCUGUUGACAAGAAUCAAGACAGGUUUUGUUAAUGCUUAAGCUAUGACUUCAAUUUAGAAUCAGAAGCAAAUGUUUUGUUUUAAUCCUUUUGGUUACCUCUUUUAUAAGUUUAUCAUCCAUUGCUGCUGUGCUCAAUUA